AUGAACUUAUUCCCAGAAACAGUGGCUACUGACGACAAAGUCAGUCAGUUGUUCAAGACUUCGAAUGCGCUAGAUAAGAAGGCCACUCCCUUGAUCAAAGUUCAAAAGAUUGAAGUCAUCAAGAAGACUGACAAAGACGCUGAUGGCGACGAAAAGAUGGAGGAUGCCGCAAGUGAUGAUGCGAAAGUUAAGAAACCAUCUAAGAAGAAGUUAGCCAAGAAGAACAAAGAAACAAAGACUCCUGAACAAGUACCUGAAGAGCCAGAAAAACUUGUUGAAGAAGGCAAAGAAUCAAAGAAAUCUACAAAGGAAGAUGAGAUCGAGAAGGCCUCUAGAACUAUCUUUGUCGGUAACUUGUCCAACGAAGUUAUUAUUUCAAAGAGCACCUACAAGUUGUUCCAAAAACUAUUUAACAAUAUAGAUGAUGAUGACGAAAACAAGAAACUACCAAUUCAAAGUAUAAGAUUCAGAUCUGUCUCUUUUGAAGACGCUUUACCUAGAAAGGUUGCCUUUGUUCAACAAAAAUUGCACAAAUCAAGAGCAUCUGUGAAUGCUUACAUCGUCUAUAAAGAACAAUCACCGCUAUUGAAUAAGUUGAUUAAAAGGCUAAACGGUCAGGUUUUUAGUAAUCGUCACUUAAGAGUGGAUUCAAUUACACACCCAGCACCACAUGACAAGCAAAGAUCUGUCUUUGUUGGUAACCUUGACUUUGAAGAAGAUGAGGAGAGUCUGUGGAAACAUUUUGGUGCUUGUGGCUCUAUAGAGUAUGUUAGAAUUGUUAGAGACCCAAAGACGAACAUGGGUAAAGGUUUUGCUUAUGUGCAGUUCAAUGAGUUACAAAGUGUUAGUAAAGCACUACUUCUAAAUGAGAAGCCGAUGAUUUCUCAAAACGAGCAUUUAAAGAAGAGAAAGCUACGUGUAACGAGGUGUAAGAAUAUUAGGAAGGUAGAACCAACAUUGAAAUCUGGUAAAUACAUGACUGAUGGCCAAAAGACUAAAUUAGGUAGAGCAAAGAAGAUAUUGAACAAAGCCGAAAGAUCAAAACUAUUGAAGGAACUUACCGUUGAAGGUAUCAGAGCCACAAAAGAUGAUAGCAAACCAGUUUUGAAGAAAGGUAAGAAGGAAAGAUCAAAAACUGGCAGAGUUACUAAGAGAUCACAGGCAUUUAAGAAGUCACAACAAAAAAAAUAA